AUGAGGGUCAACAAGCGAGCCAUUAUCAAAUUUAGCAUUGGCAAGUACCAAAAUGAGAUUUUGUGUGAUGUGGUAUCCAUGCAAGCUUGCCAUCUAUUGCUUGGAAGACCUUGGCAAUUUGAUGUUGAUGCCCAACAUAGUGGGAGAACUAACAAGUACUCAUUUUUGGUCAAGGGGAAGAAGUACAUUAUUAACCCACUAACUCCUUACCAAGUGAGUGAGGAUUAUAGAGUGAUGAGGGAGCUUCGGGAGAAGUAUCAAAGGGAAGAAAAGAAGAAGGGUGAGAGAGAGACUUUGUUGGUCAUAAAUGGAGAGGAAACAUCUCAAGAUAGUUCCAAGAAAUGUUUGUUGGCCAAACCCAGUAAUUGCUUAAAAGGGGUUGAUGAGAGACACUUCAUGGUGUGUCUUGUCAACAAGGACCUUCUAUUGAAUGCUAACCAAGCUACUAGCACUUUGCCUAGUAGUAUAUCUUCUCUUUUGCAGGAAUGUGAAACAUUGUUCCCGGAAGAAAUGCCCGAUGACUUACCUCCCUUGAGAGGUAUUGAGCACCAAAUCGACUUUGUACUGGGUUCCCAAAUUCCCAACAAAUCGGCUUAUUGGAGCAAUCCAGAAGAAACAAAAGAAUUGCAAAGGCAAGUGGAUGAGCUUCUUAAAAAGGGCAAGUGA